GCGAGCCAGAGGAAGAGGCCCGAACGGCUGGGUGAGGCGCCGAGUCGGUUUUUUUUUUUUUUUAUUUAUUUUUUUCCCGCGGCGAGUCCGGGCUCGGGUGCGGCGGAGAAUUCCCGAACGUGGGCGAUCGGUCGUCGGAGGCGAGCGAGCGUUGGGGCUCCGGAGCGGCGGUUGCUGUCGCCGCGGACGCCACCGUUGCCGGCCCCCCGGAGGAGGACGAGGCCUUGCAGGCCCAGCGCGGCCCGCGGAGCCCGAGUGUUGCCGUGAGUAGACCCAGCAGCGCCCUCCGCGCGGUCGCUUGCCGGUGGUUAAGAUGGAGGAGAUUUCGUUGGCCAACCUGGAUACUAACAAGCUGGAGGCCAUCGCCCAGGAGAUCUAUGUAGACCUGAUAGAGGAUUCCUGCCUGGGCUUCUGCUUUGAGGUGCACCGGGCGGUCAAGUGCGGCUACUUCUACCUGGAGUUUGCAGACACUGGGAGCGUCAAGGAGUUCGGCCUCCAGCCAGUGGAGGACAAAGGCGCCUGCCGCCUCCCGCUCUGCUCCCUGCCUGGGGAUCCCGGGGACGGGCCCCAGACGGAGCUGCAGCGUUCGCCUCCCGAAUUCCAGUAGUCACCACAGGCGAGAGGGCGACACAGUGACCAGGACAAUAAGAGAGACUGGUCCCCGUGGCUUUGGAGGAAUAAGCUAAGUUGGAGAGAGAGAAAGAGAAAAAAAAAAAAAAUCAAUCAACAAAUAAAGGAAAAGCAAACAAAAGUCCCAUCCCCGCCCCCAAGAUCUUAGCAUUAAAAUACAAAAAACCGAGAAGACGAAAAAAAAACGAACAAAAACAUCCAAAGAGGAGAAUUUAGGAAUCCCGGUCCAUUUGAAAGGGUCUCCCAUGCCAGCUCUGAAAUCCUGGACAGAAGGAGGUCCAGAGGCAUCGUGCUGUAUUUUGAGCUGUAUAAAUCACGUGGAUGUGCUAGGACCCUGACAGCCCUCAGUACACAGGUGAGCAGCUGUGUACCCAGCCUAUACAAUUCUAUUUGUUUCUCAGAUUCUGCAUCUGCCUGAUGUCCUGGGCCUCCUGCGAUGUUUUAGAUGCUGUUGAUGGUCAGGCCUUGAUCAGUCAGCUUCAGUGGACUGCACCUCUGAUUUCUAAGCCUCCAGUUGGGCCUCUUUGAUACAAAUAGAAGUCAGGUAUGAGACUUAAAUGCUAAAAAUAUUAACUCCCGUUUGAAGUCGGUGGGAAGCCCUUGUGCCCUUGUCUACAAGAAGUUCAGAAUCACCUGUUUGCCAAGGUCCAGCAUUUCGCCUUUGGCUCAUCAGAAGACCUGUCUUUCCCAUCCCACUGAGUGGCAAAGGUUUGGCAAAGGACAAGGUGGUUUACAAACAGCUGAAGAUUUUCCUUUGAUGCUAUGAAGAUGAAGUGUACCUCCACGAAUGCAUAUCAUGUCCACCUGGAAGACUCAUGUCUUGAAUUAUAUACUUCGGACAUAAGUUUGGUGGGACAGUCUUUUCCUACGUUUGAAUUACUAGUGAUGUAACCAGCCCAUGGGUCUGACUUGAUCAUUAUGACAGGUCGCUGUCCUCCAGUGGUACCACUGAGCUACAGAAGGACAUUAUGGUGGAGCAGGAGGCUGUUUGAAAAUUGAGCCAGGAGGGAACUUUUUUCCAUCUGCCUUCAAUAAUGUGAAUGAGUUUAAUGCUAAGAGCCCUGAAACAGGCCUAGUUUACCUGGUAUGGUUGCAGAAUCCCUUCUUCAACUGGGCAGUCAGACCUCUGCUGUGCUGAUUAAGACUGUCUCCGCCUUCUCUGCCCUCACAAACCAAAGGGCAGUUGUCAGUUGGUCCUCAGAACCUCCUUCCAGCAGGGGCUGUAUAUUUCUUGUUGGAAAGUUGGAGGCAGGGUUAGAAGUAAAGGGGAAAUGAGUGGCAUAUCAAAAUUGUUCUGUUUCAGUCCCUAAAUUGGGGGGGUUAUGGAGGGUGGGAGUCCUGAGGUGAGCAGAAAAGAAAGGUGCUGCUUUAUUUGAAAUGUUUUCUUACCUCAUUCUGUGCCCCAGUAAAGGGUCCAGCCUCAUCUGUCUGGCUUGGCCAUGUUCCUGUCACUGCUCCACUGCCUCUCUGGUGCAGCUCAUGAUUCCAGGUGCUGCUUGCCACUCUAGGUUUUCUCUUGACGAGUUUCAGCUCAUCUUCCAGUGCUGCUCCUCUGAAGCCUCCACAAGUUUCCUUUUUCCUUUUGUUUUGUUGUCGUUUUCGUUUUCUAACUUUUUAAAUUUUUAUGUUGGUUUUGUUUUACCUGUUUUUAUGGAAGCCUUAGAGGAGAUUCUCUCAUGGCUCCCUCUGUUUGGAUUAGAAUGGGAAAAUAACAAAA